GAAGCGCGAUUAAGGUAGUUCAAGAGCAUUAUUUACGAGACGAUAUUUGGUGCUCGGUGGAAUGCUGCACGCUUUGUUCUCAAACAGAAUCAGUUUUAAGAACGUCUGCUCUGCUUACAAAACAUAUUCCAAGACCGCAUUAUAUUAUACCAGAUACCAAUGUUUUUAUGAACCAGAUAGAUAUCAUUGAACAUCCAGCAUUGCAUGAUAUUAUUGUCUUGCAAACUGUUUAUGAGGAAUUACGCCAUUUGAGCUUACCAAUUUACAAUAGAUUACGCGCAUUAAUAAGUGAUCAGAAAAAACGGUUUUAUGUCUUUUCAAAUGAACAUCACCGCGAGACCUAUAUUCAACGAUUGAAAGAUGAAUCACCGAAUGAUAGAAAUGAUAGAGCGAUAAGGUCUGCUGUCAAGUGGUAUUCUACACAUCUCAAGAAAAUGAAAAAUAAAGGCAGUCAUAUUGAAGUUGUGCUCUUGACAGAUGAUGUAGGAAAUCGAACAAAAGCUCAAGAUGAAGGAUUAUCGGCGUUUUCUGUAAGAGAGUAUGUCGAAGGGAUGACUGAUACUCCAGAGUUGGUCGACAUUCUCGAAAAUUCAUCUAAUGCUGAAGGUGACAAAAAGAUUCUAUACGAUGAACAUUUAACAGCCAGUCAAAUAAAUAAUGGCAUUAAGAAUGGGACGCUACACCAAGGAACAUUAACUAUUAGCAUGCAUAAUUAUCUUGAAGGUUCAAUAUUGAGUAAUGUAAAUGGUGUGGAUGCACAAAUUAUGAUUUUGGGACGUCCAUGUUUAAAUAGGGCAAUUCAAGGAGAUGUGGUAGCUGUUCAGUUAUUACCAAAGUCUGAAUGGCUUAGAACUCCUACUGCUGUUGUAGUUGAAGAAGAGGAAGAAGCAAACGUAACUGCUGAUCUUAAAGAAGAUGGUGAACCUAAAGAACAGAGCGACGAACUAGAAAAUGAAGUUCUUGAAUCUUCACAACCUACAGGAAAAGUUGUAGGAAUUAUUAAAAGAAAUUGGAGACCAUAUUGUGGCUUCAUAAGCAAAAAAUCAGUCAAAAAAUCUACCACCUCCACUUUUUCGGAAAAUGUAUUGGUGCUUCCUAUGGAUAGGCGCAUACCAUAUAUAUAUAUAAGAACUAGGCAAGCUCAUAAUUUGAUGGGACAACGAAUUUUGGUUUCUAUUGAUUCUUGGCCAAAGAAUUCGACGUAUCCUUGGGGCCAUUAUGUGAGAGCGUUGGGUGCUGCAGGAGACAAAUCAACAGAAACAGAAGUUUUGCUUUUAGAACAUGAUGUGCCAUUCCAAGGAUUCGCUUCUCAGGUUCUGAAAGAUUUGCCUAUUGAAGGUGAAUCGUGGAUAAUUACGGAAGAACAUUUGUCCGGCCGUGCCGACCUAAGACAUUUGAAUAUCUGUAGUAUUGACCCUCCAGGUUGUACUGAUAUCGAUGAUGCUUUACAUGUUCGACCACUUCCAAAUGGAAAUUACGAAGUCGGUGUUCAUAUUGCUGAUGUCACACAUUUUGUUAAACCAUUCACUGCAAUGGAUGAAGAAGCUGCAAAUCGUGGAACUACUGUGUACUUGGUCAAUAAACGUAUUGAUAUGUUACCUGAAUUAUUAGGAUCAAACUUGUGUUCUCUCCGUGAAAAAGUCGAUAGACUUGCAUUUUCUUGCAUCUGGGAACUUACACCUGAUGCAGAAAUAGUGAAUGUAAAUUUCACCAAAAGUAUGAUCUCAUCUAAAGCAUCGCUAACAUAUGAAGAGGCGCAAAUACUUAUCGACGAUCCGCGCAAACAAGAUGAUUUGACUAAAGGAAUUCGUAUUCUCAACCAAUUGGCUAAAAAACUUCAUAAACGACGAAUUGAUCGAGGUGCUAUAACAUUAUCAAGUCCAGAAGUCCGGUUCCAAUUGGAUUUUGAUUCCCAAGAUCCUGUUGAUGUCGAGAUGAAAGAAUUAAGGGAAACGAACGCCCUUGUUGAAGAAUUUAUGUUGUUAGCUAACAUAUCGGUGGCUGAAAAAAUUUAUUCAAAAUUUCCUGCAUCUUCAUUAUUAAGACGUCAUCCUCCUCCAACGUCAACUAAACUUGAGGAGCUAUCUAAUGCAAUAAAACCAUUUAAUCUUUCGUUGGAAUUCGAGACAUCAAAAGCUCUUGCUGAUUCUUUAGAUCGUGCUGUGUUACCUGAUGACCCAUACUUCAACAAGUUGUUAAGAAUAUUAACUACAAGGGCUAUGAUGCAGGCUCUUUACUUUUGUUCUGGUACAUUACAAUUUCAGGACUUUAGGCAUUACGGUCUUGCGGCAGAAAUAUAUACACAUUUUACUUCUCCAAUUAGAAGAUAUUCAGAUGUCAUCGUACAUCGGUUGUUACACGCAGCUAUAAAUCCUGAUGUGAAUUAUGGUCAGGAGCUGGUAGAUAUAAGUAAGAUGCAAAAACUUUCAGAAGUGCUGAAUUAUCGCCACAGGAUGGCACAAUUAGCUUCUCGCAGUUCAGUAGAAUUACACACCAAUAUUUUCUUUAAAGGAAAAAUAGAGCAAGAUGAAGGAUAUGUAACACGUGUAUUAAAAAAUGGAUUUAUUGUGCUUGUUCCAAAAUAUGGAAUAGAAGGAAUUGUAUAUUCAUCAUCAACAAGCACUACUACAAAUUCUCAAACGACACCAUUGGUUGUCUACAAUCCUCACAACAAUAGUCUUGAAUCCAAAACACCUACCGGCAUAGUAUCUAUUAAAUUGUUCGAUCGAGUAAUAGUGCAAAUUACUGUAGAUGAAGAUUUAGUUGGCGGUAUGAGACAAAAAUUGAAAAUGGAAUUAGUUAGUCCAUUCAUUCCUGGUCUGAGUGUAUCGGACAAUAAUUUAAGAAAAAAAGAGGUUAGAAUAGAGGAUGAGGGAGGAAAUGGAAAAAGAAUGAGAAUUGAUGAUUAA